AUGUUUAUUAACGUUAACUUUAAAUUACAAACAGAAAUAGUUGUAUUCGCAGCUGAUAAUUGUAAUACUAAUACACAAAAUGACCCAUGCGUUCAGACAAAUGCUUUAUUGAAGCCUUGUAAUGCAACUAUUUCUAAACCUCCGCCAACCUCAUCUUCUAUAGAACUGCGUAUUAAUAAGACAAGCGUAGCAAGUUGUGCUUGUAAUCAACAAUUCUACAAUACCCUAUCAUCAUGCGCUCAAUGUAUGUCCACAACCACUUUAGAUGUUCAUGUGAGAGAUUUAUCACAAUAUAAAGACGAUUGUUCUUCUUUCGGCACAACAUUUUUACAAAAUGCUCCUGAACCAACUCCAGCUAAUAGCGGAUCAGGUCAAAAUAUUGUCUUAAUAGUAGUAUUUGUAACUAUUGCAGUUAUUGCCGUUGGAAUUGUGGCAUCACUCGUAAUUUGCCAGCUUUGUAGGCGACGAAAACGAAAAAAUCAAAAAGAAGCUGCAGCAAUGAAUGAAGCGUUAUCACUACCUGAAAGUCAUUUCUCGGGUAAUCAGAGUACACAGAAUCGAUAUGCUCCAUCUCCAUAUUCAAAUCCUGGUUACGGAGCACCUUCUCCAACCCCUCCACCCCAAUAUUCAGGUUAUCCACAUUAUUCAAAUUAUCCAAGCUAUCAAUAA